UCAGGCACAGAUCCGUGCACGCCAGUCCAUGCGCGAAUACAUCGUGGACUGAGUUGUAACUUUGCAUCUACUGUAGAGGUUUUUAGAGGUGUUGUCGCUGGUUAAUCAUAUCCGAUUUUUUUUAUAUCAGAAAAUCAACGUGCAACAAUGUCACACGUUGAUACAGGGCCGACAGAUGACUCGGACUCGGAAAAGAAGACUGAAUCAGCCCAGGACAGUGCACCAGGGGACAUGGAGGUCCCCCAAGCGAAAUUAUUUGAUGCUAAGGCAAUGUUGUGGACUUUUGGGAAAUGUCUCACCGCCUUGCUACCCAUCUACCUAGCUGGUUACUAUCGCAUGAGCACUAGUUUGGUGGUGUUCGGGAUGAUGGUUUACUCAGGAUGGAAGCACACUCGUGAGGCGAAGGAAGCGAGACUCAGGUCUGCAAUACUCAACCAUGAACAAGAAUGCGUAUCCUCUAAAUUAUCUCGAAGUAGACGAGACCUGCCGUCUUGGGUAAAUUUUCCAGACGUGGAGAAGGUUGAAUGGCUGAACAAGGUUAUCCAGCAGGCCUGGCCAUUUAUUGGUCAAUAUUUGGAGAAGUUGCUCACAGAAACCAUUGCUCCAUCCAUCCGCGGCUCCAGCCCUCACCUACAGACACUCAGCUUCACGAAGAUAGACUUUGGUGACAAGGCUCUGAAGGUAGUAGGAGUGAAGUCUCAUACAGAAAACCAAAAAGGUCAAAUUCUGCUUGACGUUUACAUCAGUUACGCGGGGAAUGCUGAGAUAAAUGUGGAAGUGAAACGGUAUUUUUGCAAAGCUGGUGUGAAGGGAAUACAGCUCCAUGGAAUGAUGCGUGUGAUUUUGGAGCCUUUGAUUGGAAAUGUCCCGAUCGUGGGCGCUGUGACCAUGUUCUUUAUUCAAAGGCCUACACUGAACAUUAAUUGGACGGGUUUGACCAACUUGCUGGACAUUCCAGGACUCAAUAUGAUGUCAGACACUAAGAUCAUGGAUGCGAUUGCCUCAUUCCUGGUGUUGCCCAAUCGGCUCACUGUUCCUCUAGUGCCAGACCUGCAAGUGGCACAACUGCGCUGCCCUAUGCCCAGGGGAGUUGUUCGUAUUCACCUGCUAGAGGCCGAUGGUCUGGCUUCGAAAGAUAACUAUGUGAAGGGUGUGAUAGUGGGUAUGUCUGACCCAUAUGCUCUGCUCAGAGUGGGGCCACAGACCUUCAAAUCAUGCCAUCAGGACAACACCCUCAAUCCCAAAUGGGGUGAAAUGUAUGAGGUCAUCGUUCAUGAGGUGCCUGGUCAGGAGCUUGAGGUGGAAGUGUUAGACAAAGAUCCAGAUCAGGAUGAUUUACUGGGCAGGACAAAGAUAGACUUGGGAGUUGUGAAGAAAUCUAAAAUUGUCGAUGAGUGGUUCACUUUGAAGGACACACAUACAGGACGUGUUCACCUCAGACUUGAGUGGCUGACACUAGAAGACAACACAGAGAGACUGGAAGAGGUUUUGAGGAGAAAUGAAAAUGUGGUGAGUAAAACAAGCAAACCACCAUCAGCAGCCAUCUUGGCAGUGUAUCUGGACAAGGCCGAGGCACUUCCUAUGAAGAAAGGCAAUAAGGAACCCAAUCCGAUCGCGCAACUCUCAGUACAAGACGUUACUCGUGAGAGCCGGAUUUGCUGGAAUACGGUGAACCCUCAAUGGGAAGACGCUUUCACUUUCUUCAUCAGAGAUCCAAACAAACAGGACAUUAACAUCCAGGUGAAGGAUAAUGAUCGUGUUCAGGUUUUGGGAAAUCUGUCCAUCCCUGUUUGUCGUCUUCUGUCUUGUCCUGACUUGACUCUAGAUCAGUGCUUUAAUCUGGACAACUCUGGCCCAGAGAGCCGCAUCCACAUCAACACAGUGCUCAGGGUGCUCUGUUUGGAUGAAGACGCUGUUGCUUCCCAUCUUCUUUCCAGUGACCCUCUUUCAAAAAGUUCUGCCUCACGCCCGCAGAAGACCUCGCCCCAUUCCAGCUUUACCACUGAGGGGGUGCUGCGUGUCCACCUUGUGGAGGCUCAGGAUCUGGUUGCUAAGGACAACCUGAUGGGUGGAAUGGUGAAGGGAAAGAGUGAUCCCUAUGUCAAGAUCCAGAUUGGGGGUGAAACCUUUAAGAGUAAUGUGAUCAAGGAAAAUCUAAACCCCACCUGGAAUGAAAUGUAUGAGGUGGUUUUGACAUCGCUUCCUGGUCAGGAGUUGACCCUAGAGGUCUUUGAUAACGACAUGGACAUGAAAGAUGACUUUAUGGGCAGACUGAAGAUCAAUCUAAGUGACAUAAUCAGCUCUCAGUACAUUAACAAGUGGUUUUCUCUGAAUGAUGUCAAACGUGGUCGUGUUCAUUUGGUUCUGGAAUGGCUGCCUACACUAACACAACCAGAAAAACUGCAGCAGGUGUUGUUGUACCAGUCGAAGAGCUCUUUUCUGAAUAUGACUUUGCCAGCUGCCGCUCUGUUGUUUGUGUAUGUUGAGCGUGCCCAUGAACUCCCUCUUAAGAAAAGUGGCAAGGAACCAAAAGUUGGAGCUGAGCUGAUUUUAAGAGGAACAUCUCACAGAACCACAGUCUGUGAUCGUACCAGCUCUCCUAAGUGGGACGAGGCAUUUCAUUUCCUGGUUCAAAACCCAUUAAAGGAAGACCUCAUUGUGAAGUUGUCCCACUGUUGGGAUUUCUCUCUAGGAUCUGUGGUGAUUCCGGUCAAAGAGCUGCUCUCUGAGCCAGAUCUAAUACUGGAUCAGUGGCUCAAUCUGGAAGGAGCUUCACCUCAGAGUCAAAUUCUGCUCAGAGCUCAACUGAAGAUUCUUUGCCCUAAAGUAACAGAGAGGUCUGUAGAGCAGUAUGAACAAUCUAAACAUCCAGAAUCAUCCAUCAUCACAAGACAACAAGAGGUGGCGGAAGUGCAGAAGUCUAGUGCUGAGGUGAUCCCAGAAUCUCCUGUCACUGUUACCUCAUCUGUCUCAGUAACAGAAGAUGAGAGUCGUGGAAAAGUCCCACAUGUCACAGAAGUAUCCAGCUCAGAUGAUCUUCGACCCCUACGCACCAUCCCUGACCCCAGCUUUGGUACUGAGGGAGUACUCCGUCUCCACCUGCUUGAGGCUCAUAAUUUGGUUGCCAAGGACAACAUGAUGGGUGGAAUGGUGAAGGGAAAAAGUGACCCCUAUGUUAACAUCCAAAUUGGAGACAAAACUUUUAAAAGCCAUGUGAUCAAGGAAAACCUCAACCCCACUUGGAACGAGAUGUAUGAGCUGGUUUUGGCCUCAAACUCGACCCCAGAUGUUCUUGUGGAGGUCUUUGAUAAAGACAUGGACAAAGAUGACUUUUUAGGAAGGAUCAAGAUCAGCUUACAGGAAAUCAUUCAAUCUCAGUUUAUGGACCAGUGGUUUUCUCUGAGUGAUGUCAAACAUGGUCGUCUUCAUUUAGUUCUUGAGUGGCUUCCCACAGUAACACAACCUGACAAACUGCAAAAGGCUCUGCAGUUACAGUCCAUACACUCGUACCAGAACAAAUCUGUGCCAUCAGCAGCUGUACUCUACAUCCUCAUAGAGAGAGCACAUGACCUGCCGCUUAAGAAGAGUGGAAAGGAGCCCAAAGCUGCUGCAGAGCUGGUUCUUGGUGACAUUUCUCAUAAAACCAAGGUGUGCGACUGUUCCACAUCUCCUCAGUGGAGUGAAGAUUUUCACUUCCUUGUUCAUAACCCGAGAGAGGACAUUCUUAUUAUCAAGCUUUCCAGUGCAUGGGAGCAGCCCUUGGGCUCUUUGAGUCUACCAAUCAGAGAGCUGCUUUCAAAACCAGAGCUACUGAUGGACCAAUGGUUGUGUUUAGAUGGAGCAGGUCCUGACAGUGAAAUUCUGCUGAGGGCACAACUUAAGAUUUUGGACUCAAGGAUAGAUGCAAGUGUCUUUGAAAGUAAGAAGUCUGUUAUAGAUGAAGAUCAUUCUGUGGUAGGACACCAUGAGGUGAAAAAGCCAUCCGUUACUGAACAUUCACAGGCUGCUGUCAGUAAAGAAUCUGAAAAGAAAACCCUACCAACAAAAGGGGUGACUUUACCUGUCUCUGUAUCACUGCCUGAAGAACAUAACAAACAAACUGUCCCUCAUGUCACUGAUGAUCAUCAUCUUACACCCUCCACACCUAAAACACAGCUUGAAACCAAGGAUGUCAGCAAAGUCCCUGAUUCCACCUCCCCUGUAGUUGGAUCUAGUCAUGUAAUGGCACCAAAUAAAACAUCUGAAUCAAAGUCAACAGCUAAUGAACAAGACAUUGAUAAACCAGUAGAACAGUCUUCUAAAAAGACUUCUCUUAGUGUUUCUGUGGAGGAGUCAAAGGUCACUAGUUCUACAGACAUUCGGCCUCAAAAGACUAGCCAUGACCCCAGCUUUGGCACUAAGGGUGUGCUGCGUAUCCUUCUUUUGGAGGCUCAGGAUCUGGUUGCCAAGGACAACAUGAUGGGUGGAAUGGUGAAGGGAAAAAGUGACCCCUAUGUUAACAUCCAAAUUGGAGACAAAACUUUUAAAAGCCAUGUGAUCAAGGAAAACCUCAACCCCACCUGGAACGAGAUGUAUGAGCUGGUUUUGGCCUCAAACUCGACCCCAGAUGUUCUUGUGGAGGUCUUUGAUAAAGACAUGGACAAAGAUGACUUUUUAGGAAGGAUCAAGAUCAGCUUACAGGAAAUCAUUCAAUCUCAGUUUAUGGACCAGUGGUUUUCUCUGAGUGAUGUCAAACAUGGUCGUCUUCAUUUAGUUCUUGAGUGGCUUCCCACAGUAACACAACCUGACAAACUGCAAAAGGCUCUGCAGUUACAGUCCAUACACUCGUACCAGAACAAAUCUGUGCCAUCAGCAGCUGUACUCUACAUCCUCAUAGAGAGAGCACAUGACCUGCCGCUUAAGAAGAGUGGAAAGGAGCCCAAAGCUGCUGCAGAGCUGGUUCUUGGUGACAUUUCUCAUAAAACCAAGGUGUGCGACUGUUCCACAUCUCCUCAGUGGAGUGAAGAUUUUCACUUCCUUGUUCAUAACCCGAGAGAGGACAUUCUUAUUAUCAAGCUUUCCAGUGCAUGGGAGCAGCCCUUGGGCUCUUUGAUUCUACCAAUCAGAGAGCUGCUUUCAAAACCAGAGCUGCUGAUGGACCAAUGGUUGUGUUUAGAUGGAGCAGGUCCUGACAGUGAAAUUCUGCUGAGGGCACAACUUAAGAUUUUGGACUCAAGGAUAGAUGCAAGUGUCUUUGAAAGUAAGAAGUCUGUUAUAGAUGAAGAUCAUUCUGUGGUAGGACACCAUGAGGUGAAAAAGCCAUCCGUUACUGAACAUUCACAGGCUGCUGUCAGUAAGGAAUCUGAAAAGAAAACCCUACCAACAAAAGGGGUGACUUUACCUGUCUCUGUAUCACUGCCUGAAGAACAUAACAAACAAACUGUCCCUCAUGUCACUGAUGAUCAUCAUCUUACACCCUCCACACCUAAAACACAGCUUGAAACCAAGGAUGUCAGCAAAGUCCCUGAUUCCACCUCCCCUGUAGUUGGAUCUAGUCAUGUAAUGGCACCAAAUAAAACAUCUGAAUCAAAGUCAACAGCUAAUGAACAAGACAUUGAUAAACCAGUAGAACAGUCUUCUAAAAAGGCUUCUCUUAGUGUUUCUGUGGAGGAGUCAAAGGUCACUAGUUCUACAGACAUUCGGCCUCAAAAGACUAGCCAUGACCCCAGCUUUGGCACUAAGGGUCUGCUGCGUAUCCUUCUUUUGGAGGCUCAGGAUCUGGUUGCCAAGGACAACAUGAUGGGUGGAAUGGUGAAGGGAAAAAGUGACCCCUAUGUUAACAUCCAAAUUGGAGACAAAACUUUUAAAAGCCAUGUGAUCAAGGAAAACCUCAACCCCACUUGGAACGAGAUGUAUGAGCUGGUUUUGGCCUCAAACUCGACCCCAGAUGUUCUUGUGGAGGUCUUUGAUAAAGACAUGGACAAAGAUGACUUUUUAGGAAGGAUCAAGAUCAGCUUACAGGAAAUCAUUCAAUCUCAGUUUAUGGACCAGUGGUUUUCUCUGAGUGAUGUCAAACAUGGUCGUCUUCAUUUAGUUCUUGAGUGGCUUCCCACAGUAACACAACCUGACAAACUGCAAAAGGCUCUGCAGUUACAGUCCAUACACUCGUACCAGAACAAAUCUGUGCCAUCAGCAGCUGUACUCUACAUCCUCAUAGAGAGAGCACAUGACCUGCCGCUUAAGAAGAGUGGAAAGGAGCCCAAAGCUGCUGCAGAGCUGGUUCUUGGUGACAUUUCUCAUAAAACCAAGGUGUGUGACAGUUCCACAUCUCCUCAGUGGAGUGAAGAUUUUCACUUCCUUGUUCAUAACCCGAGAGAGGACAUUCUUAUUAUCAAGCUUUCCAGUGCAUGGGAGCAGCCCUUGGGCUCUUUGAUUCUACCAAUCAGAGAGCUGCUUUCAAAACCAGAGCUGCUGAUGGACCAAUGGUUGUGUUUAGAUGGAGCAGGUCCUGACAGUGAAAUUCUGCUGAGGGCACAACUUAAGAUUUUGGACUCAAGGAUAGAUGCAAGUGUCUUUGAAAGUAAGAAGUCUGUUAUAGAUGAAGAUCAUUCUGUGGUAGGACACCAUGAGGUGAAAAAGCCAUCUGUUACUGAACAUUCACAGGCUGCUGUCAGUAAAGAAUCUGAAAAGAAAACCCUACCAACAAAAGGGGUGACUUUACCUGUCUCUGUAUCACUGCCUGAAGAACAUAACAAACAAACUGUCCCUCAUGUCACUGAUGAUCAUCAUCUUACACCCUCCACACCUAAAACACAGCUUGAAACCAAGGAUGUCAGCAAAGUCCCUGAUUCCACCUCCCCUGUAGUUGGAUCUAGUCAUGUAAUGGCACCAAAUAAAACAUCUGAAUCAAAGUCAACAGCUAAUGAACAAGACAUUGAUAAACCAGUAGAACAGUCUUCUAAAAAGGCUUCUCUUAGUGUUUCUGUGGAGGAGUCAAAGGUCACUAGUUCUAAAGAUGUUCGGCCUCAAAAGACUAGCCAUGACCCCAGCUUUGGCACUAAGGGUGUGCUGCGUAUCCUUCUUUUGGAGGCUCAGGAUCUGGUUGCCAAGGACAACAUGAUGGGUGGAAUGUUGAAGGGAAAAAGUGACCCCUAUGUUAACAUACAAAUCGGUGACAAAACCUUUAAGAGUCAUGUGAUCAAAGAGAAUCUCAACCCCACCUGGAAUGAAAUGUAUGAGAUGAUUCUGAGUCCUGACAACAAUCUAGAGGUGAAGUUUGAGGUUUAUGAUAAAGAUGUUGACUCUGAUGAUUUCCUUGGAAGGUUCACCCUCAAACUUGGACAUAUUAUCAGCUCCCAAUACAAUGAUGAAUGGUUUACCUUGAAUGAUAUUAAACAUGGUCGAGUCCAUUUGGUUCUGGAAUGGCUGCCUGUCGUAACACAACGGGAUAAAUUGGAACAAGUACUGCAGAUGCAAAGUGCUCAGUCUUACCAGAACAAGUCCAUACCUUCAGCAGGGCUGUUGUUUCUUCUAAUUGAAAGAGCACAUGACCUGCCCUUGAAGAAAAGUGGAAAGGAACCCAAAGCCGCAGCUGAAAUUGUGCUGGGAGGCGUGUCUUAUAAAACCAAGGUAUGUGAUCGUUCAACAUCUCCUCGGUGGAAUGAAACAUUUCAAAUGCUGGUUCAUGACCCUAAGAAGGAAAUACUUGUCAUUAAGCUCUCCAGUGCCUGGGACCAACCAAUGGGCUCUUUGGUUCUACCAAUCAGAGAGCUGCUUUCAAAAUCAGAGCUGCUGAUGGACCAAUGGUUCAGUCUGGAUGGAGCUCUACCACAGAGUCAGAUUCUACUCAGGGCACAACUAAAGAUUUUGGAUUCCAAGAUGGCAGCUUUAGUAGCCAUGGGUUCAGGCCCAGUGUUGAGUAAUAAACAGACAGCCACCACUGGACAAAUCAAGAUUUCCAUCUCCUUCCAGAAAAAGCUCAUUGUGGUCAUUCAUGCAUGCAGGCGUCUGGUUACAUCAUCUAAGGACGGCUUGGACACCUACAUCUCACUUAUUCUGCUGCCAGAUAAAAGCAAGGUCACAAAACGAAAGACGAGUGUGAAGAAGAAAAACCUGAACCCAGAGUACAAUGAAAGGUUUGAGUUUGAUAUGAGUGUGGAGGCGGCGCAGAGACGAGAGCUCCGUGUGUGUGUGAAAAACGCAUCGUCGUCCUUCAUGCAUCGAGACAAAGACGUGAUUGGCCAGGUGCAAAUAGACCUCGGGCAUGUCGACUUACUGUCUGGAGUCACAGAAUGGUUUGAUCUUAAAGAAGAGUACAACUGAACACUUGGCAUCCAAUCCUAAACCUCUUCCUGAAGUUCAACAGGUCAACAUCGCUGCCAUGUAUUGCUGCCAAUGCUUUUUUCCUCAAAUCAUACAAUCAUAUAUGUCCUCACAUACAUCUUUAAGAACAGAGGGUUUUUGAAUCAUAUUGUUGCGAUAAUGACAUGUCAAGAGUAUUUACAUUGAACGGUAUUAUAUCAAAAUGUAUAUAUAUACUGAAGUGGUAAUACCUGUAUAGAUCAGUAUCAGAGCAUCUGAUGUAUUUACAGAGAAAAAAUAUUAUGCAGGUGUGUGGAAAGGUUUUCAUCAAUUUACAAUUGUUUAAUAUGGAAAAGUAUGUUUUAGAAUGAGUUUCACGCAUAAAAAGGAAUGACUUUCUUUUUUUGUUUUGUUUAAACUGUGAGAGUGAUAGGGAUUCUCAAUUGUCCAAAUGCUACUGGAUUUAUGGAUAAGUUAGUCAAAUGUUGACAACAUGGAAAAAUGGACCACUCGUUUUUGCAAAUAAUUGUGCAAAGAUGUUUUAUUUAAACAAUUGUAUAUGUUGUCCCCUUGCAUGUCAAAACAGCUGCUGUCUACACACAUAUCAAACUUGUGUAGCUUCUGUAGUCCGAUGUGACGCCGAACAUAUUCACCUUCUUUUGUUGUUGAUCUGAAACUAUGAUAUUGAAGCCAGCUGGCAUGUUACAUUUUAGGCCUUAAAAUAGUAAUACUGGGUAGAAACACUUUUUUUGUGUUGCCAAGAGUUGAUCUGUAUUACACAGAUCUAGACCACACACAAAACGCCUUAUCAGUGUUUUAUUUUGUACUUUUUAAAUUUAGUUUCUUCGAGUUCUAAGUGGAGACAUUGUAUUGUGCUGCAUUCCUUUUGUAACAUUUAUUCAUUUUGUUUUCAUUUCACUUUGUGUGCAUGUUACACUUUUGUUUUACAUUACAACAUGCUUUAAACAGGGUUCCCACAGUCAUGGAAAACCUGGAAAUAUCAAUUAAUAAAAUGUGUUUCCCAGGUCUGAAAGGGUCACUGGAUUUAAUUAAAUAAAGUGAAUAAAAACGUUCUAUUUGAAAAUACCUCAAAUAUUUAAUCGGCUAGAUAUUACUCUUAAAACUAGCUAAACUUAAUCUCAAGCCAUACUGAUUACUGCACAAAUUGUUCUUUUUUUCAAUGCAUCGGCCAAACUGAUUCAUAACUUGGUCUGAAUGAUUCAUUAACGAUGACAGAUUUUUUUCAAACUCAUCACUGGAAAGAUUAUGGAAAACUCAAGGAAAUUCCUCGGUCAAAAAAAGUGGAAACCCUGUUUAACUGGUGUGUUGAGAUUUCUACACAAUGUUUAACCACCAUGUUCUAGAGCACUAUGCAAUAUUCAUAAUGUCACAUUUCUGAAUGUACUGCCAUAUAUUCACAGCGCUUCAUAAUUAAGGUUGUAUAGCCAGUUACAUACUACAUAAAUCAAGAAUAAAAAGACCUUACUGCGGAUG